CACAGGCGUGGGAAUUAAUUAGCUGAUACGUGUUAAAUUAAUUUGUAUAGACCUGCCCAACUCUAGAUAGUCUCAGGGCUUUUGUCAUGAGUCGUUUUAGUUGCGUACGAGGUGCCGUGAAUAAUUUUAGAAUACUAUAUAUUUCAGAUGACGGUGUCACAACGUAAACUGAAACCAAGCGUCUAACUCUGACGUUCUAAAUACAUUUUCGUACCUCUUUCUUUAUGUCUUGCAACCACAAAAUUAUUGCAGUACGAGCAUUUAGUAUAUGGAGAAGUAUACUAUUUCAUUUUAAAGUGUGCUCUCUAUUUUAAAACUGGAUCACUACAGACGGAGGAGUUAGAAGAGUCUCAUUAACGAUGACACUAUCACCAGAGGUAGUCGAAAGACUCUUACAUAGGCAUCUGGAGUUCCAUGGACUUGGUAAUAAUGAGCAGUCACAGUCAUGGACAAUUAAAAAGUCUUCACUAGGAGGUCGUGGAAUGUUCGCUACGAGGAAGAUUGAUCAGGGCGAGUUGAUCUUUGUGGAUGCUGCUCUGGUCGUUGGUCCACGUAGAUAUAGCAAGUAUUUACCUAUGUGCGUCGGCUGCUACAAGAGUUCCUGUCCGCUUUUUCCCUGUGACCGAGAAUGCGGGUUGCCAGUUUGUUCUAAGGAAUGUGAAGACUCUCCUAUCCACGUGGAAUGUUCUGCCUUGGGGAAGUGGGGAACUACUUGUGGGUCUAUGUGGUCCUCUGAUAUUCUUCAGGCUGUACUUCCAAUCCGAGCACUGUCCCUUCCCCAAGAACAAAAAGACCUGGUGUAUGCUCUUGAGUGCCACGAAGGCCCUCGACAUGGUAUGGAGGUCGACUUGCUGAUAAAGAACGUACGGAAUACGAUAAGCUCUGAAGAUGAGGCUUUUAUGAGAAGAGUCUGUGGAUCUUGUGAUACAAAUUCCUUUGAAACAGCCGUCUUGGUGGCUAAUGAUUCCAAGGAGAAGUUCUCAAUGACGAGUCUUCGUGGUCUUUAUCCGAUGGGAGCGAUGCAGAAUCAUUCCUGCGUUCCUAAUACCAGACAUCAUUUCGACAACUCACAGAAACUCUUCGUCAGCGCUGCGCGUCCCAUAGAUCAGGGCGAAGAACUCACGAUGACUUAUACAGAAUUAUUGUGGGACACUACGAUUCGAAGACAGCUUCUGGUUGAGACUAAACACUUUCUUUGUUCUUGUCAAAGAUGCUCCGAUCCUCUGGAAUUUGGAUCAUUGCUGGGUGCUCUGAAGUGUGCGAAUCAAGAAUGUUCGGGGAUUUUACUUCCUGAUGAUUCUUUGAAUAUGACCACUGCUUGGACGUGUAGAGAAUGUGGACUUUCGAUGACGAACAGACAGAUAAAAUCCAUUCAUUCAGCUCUUGCAAGUAUCAUCCAAGAUAUCACUAAACGGAGUCCACGAAGAAUUCUUCGAUUCCUUUUGAAAGAAUUGCCAGUCCUGGUCCCCAAAAUGAAUUACGUCGUGAUAGAUCUUAAAUUCACUAUAGUCUCUUACUUUGGUCGAACGGACAAUAUUUCUUGGAAAGAUCUCACAGAUCAGGAACUUGAAAUCAAAAGGGAAUAUUGCAAGGAUCUUAUACAUACUUUAGAUAUUCUGGGCUGUGGCGAUUGUAAGAAAAAAGGUCUCAUACUCUACGAACUGUAUUGUACUAACUUAGAAAUACAUAAGAGAUCAAUGGCUAGCAGGAUCCCGGAAAAGUAUAAAAGCAUCCUGAGGAAAUCUAUAGAAAUUCUGCAGAAUGAUCUUACAGUCCCGAACGAUUAUGAGGCAAAUUGUCAAAGCUUAUCAUCGUUUUGAAAUGGAUUGCUGCAAUAACACUUUAACCUCAUCGUACAUAGACGAGCAAGGCUUUAGGAUUUCCUCGUCCUCCUCUUCAUCGCCCUCUUCUUCGUUAUAUCUACAAAAUGGAGAGUUUUCGAUUAGAUUGUAUUUAAUUUUACAAUUUUUUAUAGUGGAAUAAUGUAAGAAUUACCUGUAUAAUAAAUCAUCAUUUAAUAAAUUGUUCGACGA